CCGAGAUAGAAGAUAUUUAAGAAAAUGAAGGGGGGGAUCGUUGAGCCCCAAGCCCUUCGAUCGCGUGUCCUCGUGUCUUCUACUAGUAUACUCUGUAGGUUGGAGCAGUGUCGUGGUGUGGUAUGUUGAGAAGUGCUAUGUUGAAAGUGCGAGGACUGAAGUACUUACAUGAGCACUAAGGGACGUGGGUGAACACUUUGCAAGGAUGUAUUGUUUGGCGUGUGGGAUAAAUGAAAUGAGAGACAAUCAAUCGUGAUGAAUUUCAUGAGGCUGAGAGCCAGG